CUAAAUGUAGACCAGGCAUGUUUACAAGAAACAUUUUCUCGAGUGAUGAGUUUCUUUUUGAUUGAACUCUGGAAUUGAAAUAACAGAAGAGAUGGCCACAAGCGCAAGACCCAAAGAGAAUCAGCACCCAUUGAUAAAGGAGUUGACAUCAUGCAUUAUGAAAAAUAUGCAGCUAAAGAAAAAACAUGGGAAUGCACCCCACAUUGAGAUAGCAAUUUCUUUGAAUGACAUUGGAGGCAUCCACAGUCAACUUGGUAACAAUCCAAAUGCAUUGAGGUACUACCAAGAAGCAUUUGGUGUAACUGGUGCAAUAAUUCCUAAACCUGAUAGGCAGAUGGCUGUCAUACUAACAAACCUCGCUGGGAUCUAUAGAAAGAUGGGUGACAUGAAACAAGCAAUCGCUUACUACAAUCAUGCCUUCUCCCUGAGAUGCACCAUCUAUGGGGAGGUACCACAUGAUGACCUUGUUAACUCAAUGUAUGAUCUGGCAUCAGUGUAUGAGGAUAAAGGUGACACAGAACAAGCAGCUAGGUUCUACAGUGAUAGCCUCAAGAUGCAGCGUCAGUUAUAUGCCCAACCACCGAAGUUUCCAUUAGCAGUUACUUUGAACAAUCUUGGAGGUGUGUACACAAAACAAGCAGAGACACAAAUGGCAUUACAAUGUUUUUUAGAAGCACAUAAAGUGGUAUGGCCAAUUUAUGGUACCUCUCCCAGCACGUUUGUUGCAAAACUGCUGAAUAACAUAGCCUGGUCCUACAGUGAUCUUGGUGAAAAAGAUAAUGCAUCCCAGUACUUUGAGAGAUCAUAUAAAAUGAAAAAUACCUUGCACAAAAGUGAACCACAUGAAGAUGUUGCUAAUGCCUUAACCAGUCUUGGGGACAUUUGUAUCAAACAAGGCAAGCACGAUGAUGCAUCCAAACAUUUUAAUAAAGCCUAUGAGAUGUAUACAAAAUUACAUGGCAAAGGUCCCCAUUCUGAUCUGGCUGAUGCUCUUUACAAUCUUGGCAAGUCUGAGAAGAGUCUAGGCAAGCCUGAUAGAGCCAUUGAUUAUUUUAUGAAAUCCUUGGCAAUGGACACAGAACUUGGGCGGGGACAGUUGGUGCCCAUUUGGCGAACCAUAAAGAACAUCGGUGACAUGUAUGUUAAAUUGGGCGAAAAUGGGCAAGCAUUGAAGCAAUAUUAUGAAGCAAGUGCAACCUUGGAUACUAUAAAAGGUGCUUGCCAAGAAGGUGUAGACAUUCUACAUUGCAUAGGUGACUUGUAUUAUACCUUGAAAGAUACAAAUAAAGCUUUAGACCGACACAAGGCUGCAUUAGCUGUAAUAAAGCAAGUCCAUGGAGAUACAGUCAACCGCCAAGUUCUAUCAUCCUUAAUGAAGGUUGCAAAGGCGUACCAUGCAGUGGAUGAUAGCAACAGAGCCAUUGGACACUACAACAAUGCAAUAAAAUACAUUCGACAACUUGAUGGAGAUAAACCAACCCAAGUUCUAGCUGAGUGUUUUGAAUCAGUAGGCAAAAUAUAUAUGAAGGUACAGAAACCUGAUCUGGCAUUACAACCUUUUCUAGAGAAUGCAAAGCUACAAAGGCAGCUUUCUGAUAAUACAGCGAACACACACAUGGGUGAUUCAUUUGAACAACUGGGUAAAACCUGUUUGGCCUUGGGAAGUAAAGAAAAAGCACUGGAGUAUAACAAAUUGGCACUUGGUGUGAAGAAACUGAUUUGUGACAAUAAGCCAAACGUAUCUGUUGCUGAUACCAUGGAAGAGAUAGGGAAUAUUUUCCAGCUGAUGGGAAAUGCCAAUGAGGCUAUCAAAUGGCUCCAUGAUGCUUUAAUGGUCAGGAAAGAAGUAUACAGAGGGAAACCAAGCUUAAAGAUUAUGAGAAACUUGGUUGCCUUGGGAAAAGCAUAUGAAGAGAUUGAUGAGAAAACAAAAGCUAUUGAGUUUUUAACUGAUGCAAUGCAGGUGAGACAGCAACUUGUUAACUACCAACCAGACGCUGAAGUUGCACAACUGAUGCAUCAUAUUGGGAAGCUAUACAAAUACAAUCAGUAUAAUACAAGGGCAGCUUUAAGAUACCUUGAAGAUGCAGAAAAGGUUACUUCACAGUUAUAUGCAGAAGAACCUUCAAUUGAACUUUCGAACAUUUUACAAGAUACGGGUGAUGCCUACAUAGAUAGUGGAGAGCCAAGAAAAGGGUUAGAAAAAUUGACCCGAUGUUAUGAGUUAAUAGAAAAGCUCUGUGGAGAUAAAGCAAGUGAACAACUGUCCAAUACAUUACACAGCAUGGGGAAUGCACAUAUGAAGCUUCUUGAUUACAAGAUAAGUUUGAAUUACUUCCGCAUGGGCUAUCUUAUGCGCAAUGAGAUUCACGGGAAGGUCCCCAAUAAGGAUGUAGCUGCGUCCUUGAGUGGCAUGGCUGAAGGCGUUGCAACUUCAUAAUGAGGCUUUUGAUAUGAAAGAAAACCUAUAUGGGCAAAAUGUUGCUAAUGAUGACCUUGCAAAAUCACUGCAUAAUAUUGGCAAGGUUCAUGAAGCAAUGGGAGAUAAAGAUAAGGCCACCCAAUAUUUUGGUUUUUGCGAUGGAAUGUUGAAGAAAAUAGCAUAUGACAGGGAAAAAACAAAGGAUAGCAUUCCAAGUGUCACAACACCAAGCAUGAUUGUAUAAUACCAUAUUGACAAAGUAAAAAAGCAAAGUGCAUGCUCCAGACAGGCAGGAAUUAGCUAUUAAUACAAAAGACACAAUAAAAAGCAAUUAGUAGUGCUUGACUUCACAUACAUUUUCUUAUUCUAGUAUUAAGUCUGUCAAUGUUAAAGAGAAAAUCGAUACUAAGUACAUGUAAUUAGUAAUAUUAAUUCAAAUAUGUAGCUUUAGUAAAUUACUUUAGGUAAUGUGUGUGUAUAUGGAGUAUACGAACUAUUGAAUUGAAUACUGAACAUAAUUAUCCUUUAAAUGAUAGCAUAAUACAGGUAUGCUAUUAUAGCAAUAGAGGAGUUUCUAAAUAGCUUUGAAAUCUAAUUCUCGUUUUUCAUGAGAUUUUAUCACAAAAUGUACAUUGA